AUGUCGGACCAGGUGGCGUCAUCAUCGUCGGGCAAUGGCCCUUCCGAGCCUCAGCUCGCCCCGGGAAACCCACAGAAGGAGGAGGCGCUCAAGGCAUACAAGCGCGCGCUCAAGAGCCACGAAGACCUCUCGACGAACCUAAAGAAUCUCCGCUUUGGCCUCAGAGACCUGGAAAAGGACUACGACAAGACAGAAGACGACAUCAAGGCGCUCCAGUCGGUCGGCCAGAUCAUCGGGGAGGUUCUCAAGCAGCUGGACGAUGAGCGAUUCAUCGUCAAGGCCUCGUCAGGCCCGCGCUAUGUGGUUGGCAUCCGAAGCUCGGUGCCCAAGUUCAAGCUCAAGCAGGGCGUGAGGGUGUCGCUGGACAUGACGACGCUGACCAUCAUGCGCAUCCUUCCGAGAGAGGUCGACCCAAUGGUGUACAAUAUGAGCAUGGAGGACCCCGCGGGCGCAAGCUUUGCGGGCAUUGGUGGCCUGGGCGAGCAAAUCAGGGAGUUGAGGGAGGUCAUCGAGCUGCCGCUGCUGAACCCCGAGCUGUUCUUGCGCGUGGGCAUCAAGCCGCCAAAGGGCGUGCUCCUCUACGGACCUCCAGGUACAGGCAAGACGCUGCUGGCCAGGGCGGUGGCAGCCACGCUCGACACCAACUUCCUCAAGGUUGUCAGUAGCGCAAUCGUCGACAAGUACAUCGGCGAGAGCGCCAGGCUGGUCCGAGAAAUGUUUGGAUACGCAAAGGACAACGAGCCAACGAUCAUCUUCAUGGACGAGAUUGACGCCAUUGGAGGCCGGAGAUUCAGCGAGGGUACCAGUGCCGACCGCGAAAUUCAGAGGACCUUGAUGGAGCUCCUGAACCAGAUGGAUGGUUUCGACUACCUGGGAAAGACCAAGAUUAUCUUUGCCACGAAUCGACCAGACACCCUCGACCCGGCUCUGAUGCGACCCGGACGACUCGACCGAAAGAUUGAGAUUCCGCUGCCCAACGAAGUGGCGCGGCUUGACAUUCUCAAGAUUCACGCCAGACCUGUGGCCAAGCGCGAUGAACUCGAUUACGAGGCCGUUGUCAAGCUCACAGACGGGGCCAAUGCGGCCGACUUGCGGAACGUGGUGACAGAGGCAGGCAUGAUGGCCAUUCGCGAUGACCGCGACUACGUGAUUCAAGAAGAUAUGAUCAAGGCGGCGAGAAAGGUCAUGGAGGCCAAGACGCACGAGAGCAAGAUGGACUACAGCGCCAUCUGA